GAUUCCACUGUGGGUCCUGAGGUUGAAAAUUCAUCCCUUUCCCCUUUACAGAUACGAACGAACUCAUCCAACUCAUCUUCUUUCCCUUCUUCAAUUCCUCCAUUUCCUCCUUCCCCUUACCAUUUUUACUUACCCCCAUCAUUCCGUAAUUUCCUCUUCUUCUUCAUGGGGAAGGGAGGAGGUUGUGUUCCCAGCAAGAAGAAGGUUCCUUCUUCUAUUGCCGACGCCGACGCCGACGCCACCGAUGAUGUAAGGCCACGCGACACUGGAACAGCACCCCCGAUCUCUAUUGAAGAAGAUCACCCACAAAUUGCUUCAUCCGGCAAUGCCACUUCCGAGGCCUCUCUCUCCGUGUCGCAUCCAGUUGAGAAAUUGAAGAUAUUCAUCGUGUUCUACUCCAUGUAUGGUCAUGUCGAAAGCUUGGCCAAGAGGAUGAAGAAAGGGGUUGAUGGGGUUGAUGGUUUUGAGGGGAUUUUGUAUCGGGUCCCGGAAACCUUGCCGGUGGAGGUUCUCGACCAGAUGAAAGCGCCACCCAAGGACCCGUCUAUCCCCGAGAUUUCUGCUGCUGAAUUAGUGGCUGCUGAUGCCAUUUUGUUUGGCUUUCCCACUAGGUUUGGGUGUAUGGCAGCGCAAAUGAAGGCGUUCUUUGAUUCGACAGGGCAGCUCUGGAAGGAGCAGAAGCUUGCAGGGAAGCCUGCUGGGUUCUUUGUUAGCACAGGAACUCAAGGGGGCGGCCAAGAGACAACUGCGUCAAAGGAUUAUUUAACUCUUCUCAGAUGGACUGCAAUUACCCAGUUAGCACACCAUGGAAUGCUGUUUGUUCCCAUCGGCUACACUUUUGGUGCUGGUAUGUUUACGAUAGACACAAUACGAGGGGGGUCUCCUUAUGGUGCAGGAGCUUUUGCUGGUGAUGGCUCGAGACAGCCAAGUGAAACAGAGUUGGCGCUUGCAGAGCAUCAGGGCAAAUACAUGGCUGCUACAGUCAAAAAACUUUUUCCGGCUUGAUGAAAUGUCUUGUUUCUGUUUUUUUUUCCUUUAAAAAAAAAUGAAUUCAUUCAAAUUGCUGCGUCCCUCAUCUAUGAUUGUUUCUUCCUUGUCCUGUCUCCAUUCAAAGUACAGUUGUCUUGUGUUUGUUUGGUCAUUCUUUUUUACGUUACGUGAUUGUGCAAAAUAUACAAUGCCCUGUGUGGGAUUGUUUUUCUGUCGUCUCUCUGUACAUGGUUUAUGAUUCAUGGUUAUGGUGUUUGUCAAAUAAUGUUGUGAAAUGUGGAAAUUUUUCUUACUAAACCUUCUUCUUUUGCUGGGAAUGUAUUUCAGUCGGAGGUUCAAAUGGCAUUAUUGUUCUCGACUGUUCAUAUCUUGAUUUUUCUUUAUGGCAUUUCACUGUUCCUAUUACGUAUCAAACAAUUUUGUGGUACUUAGCUACGUCUAUUGAUCAUUCGAGGUAAGAAUAUCCAAUUUUUAGAGGGUUCGGAUUGAAAUGGUCACAGCUUCACAGGUCGGAGUUUCAUGUUCCUUUCUUCAAUUUCAUAGAAACUUAUCCAAUUUCGACCAUUCUGUUUCAUAAAAGCAGCUUCAGAUUUCAUUACUCCAUCUACUAAUUCAAGUAGGGCAGUCAUAAUUUGGUAACAUAAAAAGCAACCUUAAUUAUUGUCAACUACUUUCAAUUUUCAUAAUUGUACAUCUCCCUCUUCGCCAAAGACUAGCCAUUAUACAGAUGUUUCUGAUGAACUUUUCAUUCACCUAUCCCUCUUUCUUGCAGUGGUUCAUCUAUGAUCCAAACAUCAACUGUAGCAGCUUCAACAUCCUCUAAUUUUCCAUCUGUCCCACAUUUGAGGUCGGUGCUUUUUCUUUUUUCUUUUCCUCUUUCCUCUUCUCAUAUCUUAAAUAUGUUUUCUUGGAUCAGAUCUGAUUGCAGCAAACUUUGAGAAAUCAUCAAUUUUCUCUGUUUUCCUGUUGCCUGUUUGGGUGUGAUUUUGUUGGCAUUGUUCUUGCAAACUGUAUUUGACCUUUGAACAGUCAGUGAAUCUGAUGAAACCGUGUUAUACAAUUAUACUGCAAAUUAUGUAAGAAGAAGUGUUACGUGAAUGGACUCCAACGAUCUCGGAGAUGCAGCUGGCACAUUAUGACCAUGACAUCAACAACCAGGCUGAGCACGACUAGGACAUCCAAAAAUAGCAAGAGGAACAGGGCUAGUAAUAUUGAUGCUGCUCUAAACCGUAUUGUCAAUGCCAUGGAAAAGAUGCCAAAAGGCAAAAACAGUGUUUGGCUACUGAAUAGCUAUAGUAAAAACUGAUUCAUGAAUCCGAGGUUGGCGCUUAGGAGGAAGAUAACCACCACAGCCCGUGUUGGAUGAGGUAUUGAAAGCUGGAAGCUCAUGGUUUGACUACUAGCCAAAAGGUAGAUGUUGGUGAGAUGGGAUGUCGUUCAUCGAUCGACUCGAGAUGGAUUAUUUUCUGAUGUUGCCCGACUACAUAGAGGGUUUUUGCACGUCGCUGGAUCAUAAGUAAUAGAGUCAUGUUUCAUCAUGUUGAUGAUAUGAUUGUAGUUCCUAUUUUCUUCAAGUUAUAGAUUUUUGUUUAGAGUGAUUUAAUUUUUUUGUUUGGUUGAACAAGCUUGUUAAGACGAUCACUUGAUUGAUUGCAUCUAUUUGGCUUAAUCCAAGGUGAUUAGUUUUGUGAAA